AUGGACGCCGCGCUCAUCGUGCAGAACAAGGGAGGAGGCCACGGAGAGAUCGGAUUCCACCUUGCCCGACAGCUACGCAGCAAGGGGCUCGACGUCACUUUGCUUCAGGAUUCAGCGGCCAAGAUGGAGAAGCUGCCGUUCAAGAACUAUGGCGAGAUCGAGGCCGAGGGAGUCGAGAUCAUCAGCUGCAACCUGGAGGAUCCGUCAAGGAUCUUGUCUUCUCUGUCGGGGAAGAGCUUCACUCAUGUGUUCGACAACUACGCCAAGGAUAAGACAGUCAGCACUGUCGCGGGCCUAGCGAAGAACACCUGGAGGGUCAAGAACUACGCCUACGUGAGCUCAGCAGGCAUGUACGAGAGCAGCGUACCUCAGCCCAUGGUUGAGACCGGUGCUACUAAGGCGACAGGGCAGAGGGCUGUGGAGGAAUUUCUUGCCUCCCAGGAGCUUCCCUGGACUUCUUUCCGCCCUCAGUACAUCUACGGCCCCUACACCAACAAGCGCGACUACCUUGACUGGUUCUUCCACCGCAUCACCAGGGACAGGCCCUGCCCUCUGCCCGGCGAUGGAAACCAGAUGGCCUCUGUGACUCGCGUGGAAGAUGUUGCUGCCAUGCUCGCCAGCGUGGUGGGAAAGGAGGACGCGGCUAAGGGUCAGGUGUUCAACUGCGGAACAGACAACAUGGUUUCUUACCGCCAGAUCUGCGAAAUGAUUGGACAAGUUGUUGGAAAAUCGCCGAAGAUUGUCACCUACAACCCUAAGAGUUUUGAGUUGCCCAAGGGUGCCUUUCCCUUCCGAAACACGGAGUUUUGCGUCACUCCGGAGAAGGCCAAGAAAGUCCUGGGGUGGUCGAGGAAGCACAGCUUGUCGGAAGAUCUGCCGUGGUACUUCGAGUCUUACAAGGCGGCCGGUCUUGAGGGCAAGGCCAUGGAAUUUGAAGCCGAUGAGAUUAUCCUUGGCGCCACUGUCUAG